GCAGUUAAAGGUACAACAAUCGAUCCAAAUGAAGAUGCAUUAUACACAUAUCUAAUUAUAUAUAUAUUCCUUGUUAUAUAGCAAUUGAAAGAGGACGGAGACCUUGUUUGUCUUGAUUCAACCCAUAAGACUUGCGUGGAUGGUACCAAACAUGACUGUUAUCUUUAAACACUUGUAGCAAGAUGCAGGACUACUGGAAAGGGCAAGCCAUUGGCGUGGAUGAUUACAAAUCUCAAGGUCAAUAUCCUAUUAUGUAUUCGCUUCAAUGGCUGAAGGAUGAGCAUGAAUAUAUACCAUCCCGUGUUAUGAUCGACGAUUCUGAUACAGAAUAUAUUGCUAUUAAUAAGGCGUAUAACUAUAAGAACAUUCUGUCCAAACUCACCGCAAAACCGUCCGAUCCAUCAAAAACUCUGAAGGAGAAGAAAGACAUGCGUGAACAUGCACUUUCCCUAAUGAUGAAUAUGAUGAAAGCUGAGGUACCAAAAGAUUUCGAUCUAUCCAUUGAUGGUGAGGAUGAAUGGGAAAGCGCUCGUUUGUAUUUGUACUUUGAAAGGGAGUUGCUUCCUAAACCACCAUCAUCACAUAAAUACAAAUAACUACAUAGAGAGCUGGCACCGUCACCUCAAAGAAAUAUUUGCUAAGCUUGCGAAGACAACGUGUUGACGUGCUUAUCUACAUCCUUUGGAGCCAUGUUCUUCCGGGUAUAAUGCAAGAUCAUGUAUGUACGGUAGC